UUGUAUAUUCAGUUUUGAUUUAAUGAUUUCUCUUUUUACGUGUUGUCUUAAAUAUCAAAGAACAAGUGUAUUCAUUGGUCGCUGGAAUGAACUUGAACUUUGAGCGAUAAAGCGCGAUCACAGCGCCGUACGAUACUAUUUGCUGUAAUCCGUGAUCACUAACGCAGUGGAUAGUAUGCUUGAUACGUUCUAGCUAAGGAAAGUUCGACGUUCGUAAAUCCGAAAUAUAAGCCAACUUACUACUGGCAAUGGAGAUUCAAAUACUGACCGCUAAGUCAUCAAAAUUCGUGACCAAUGUAUCCGUAAAACCAACUACAACAAUAAGAGAAAUUAAAGAAGAAUUGUAUAAAUUAAAGAAAGCACCACAAAUUGAAAGACAAAGUUUAAGAGCAGAUGCCAAAGGAAAAGCAUUAUCUGAUUCUGAAACUUUAAAAAAUUUAUCUAUUUCUGAUGGUGGGAAACUGUAUCUAAAAGAUCUUGGACCACAAAUUAGUUGGAAAACUGUAUUUUUAAUGGAAUAUGCAGGUCCAUUAGUUUUAUAUCUAUGGAUAUAUAAGCGUCCAUGGAUUUUUUAUGGUGAUGCUAGCACAUUCACCAUUGAUAACACGGUUCAUGUGGCAGCUGUCUGUUGGUCAAUACAUUAUGCAAAGCGACUUCUGGAAACAUUAUUUGUACACCGAUUUAGUCAUGCAACUAUGCCACUGCGCAAUCUUUUCAAAAAUUGUACAUACUAUUGGUUAUUUGCUAUGUAUGUAGCAUACCAUGUGAAUCAUCCUCUGUAUACAGCUCCAUGCCAAUGUCAAUUUAUUACUGGUCUAGUAACAUUUGCUCUUUGUGAGGCUGGUAAUUUGAGUAUUCAUUUAGCUCUAAGGAACUUGAGACCACCAGGUACUACUGUAAGGAAGAUACCUGUACCCACUUCAAAUCCUUUUACUAUGCUUUUCAAUUUUGUAUCAUGCCCAAAUUAUACUUAUGAAGUUGGUAGCUGGAUUGGAUUCACUAUCAUGACUUCAUGUCUUCCAGCUGGUCUCUUUACCUUUGCUGGUGCAUAUCAAAUGACUAUUUGGGCAUUAGGAAAACAUAAAGCAUAUAAGAAAGAAUUCUCUAAUUACCCAAAAAGUCGAACAUCAAUUAUUCCAUUUAUUCUUUAAAUAUUGCGUUAAUUUUAAUUUUAAUUUAGGGAUACAAUAUUGGUAAUUGCUAUUAAGAUACUAUUUGUUUUAUUUUGUUAUUGAUUAUUCUUUAAAUAAAUAAUUUAUAACAGA